GCGCGCGGGUGGGCUGGCUCGGCUCAAUAACAACACUGUCACACUCUACUACUGACGAAGGACAUCCGGAUAAAAAAGGCCAUCCGAGGGCAGGAGGCCCCGGGUCGCGCAUUCCAGUAGUUUUCAAUCGAGAGAGUGAAGGCGGGUGGCAAAUACUUGGGCCUACACCGUGACUAAACCGGGGGUUCACUCGGUUCACUCGGUCAGGGGUUGAGUCCGCCACUGAAAGACAAACCCCUGCCCAAAUGAGCUCGGUCAGCGCGGUUCAGCAGCUUUGGGGCGACAUCCCCGAUGCCGCACCAUCGCCCGUGGGAUUAAGUCCCGCUGAGAUCGAGGCCUUACGACGACUACCCCGCCCCCUUUGGCUCGAAGGACCCAAGAUCUAUAGUCCGGCCCCGCCUGCGGCCUGCGUGACACCCACCCCGUCCUUGCCGCUGUCGGAUAUCGAGCAAUUCAAUCGGUCGGGUGAAUUGCUAGAAACCCCGCCCUCCUGGCCCAUCGUCCUACCGCCUCAAUUAUCUCGCCGCUCAGCUCACACCCUAUUGCGACAGGGUGUGGGCGCCCUGUGCCAAUUUGCCGGUUUCGAGGCGGCUGAACGACGCGCGUUGGACAUCUUGGUGGACGCCACGGUUCAUUGCCUGGCUAAUUUAGCGGCCAAAUUGCAAAAGGAAAGCGAGGAUCGCGCUCUGUACGGCCCGGCUCAUCGGGGCUUCACGCACGCUAUCGAGCGAGUGUUCCAGGACUGCUUGGGUCAGUCGGUUUUGGCCUUGCGACCUUAUAUCACUUCCAUUGGGCCCGAGAUUCAACGACGAAUUCACCUCAAGACCCACCCUUUGUCAGACCCCAGCUCGAUCGUCUCGAGUCCCUUGGACGAGACCCAGGUCAGCGGGUUAGCCACCCCCAGUUUCACGAUAGGGGCCGGAGACGUGCCCGAGAUUCAUUUCCCGUCCAGCGAGGAAGGUGAUCUGGCCAUGGAUCACGCCACGUCUCAAAUGGAGACCGGCUUGCAGAUGCUUCAAUCCUUGGAACAAAACGCCAGUCUGGGAUCCCACGGUGCUCAGCGCUCCGUGGAGGCCGAAGAUGCCUUGCAACAACCCAUGUCGCAAGAUUCGAAUGCGGCUCUCCUCCUAGCUACGGUUAGCCCGGCCACCCCGGCGGACGCCCAAAUCCACUCGGCUUUAAAUCCGCGAAAACGGAAGAAACCCGAGUGGCAUCCCUGAGCGCUCACCAUGGCCAUCACAUGAAGAAGGUUGGUGGGUGGGGGACCAUGAGCGCUAAUUUAUUGGACUCGUGAUUGUUGGAUGCAUUGAUAUCGAUGAUAGUUAGCGGUAAAACUAUAAAGCCCAAAUGACAAGACAA